AUGCAAGCCCGCUCCGGCGCCCUAAAACUCGCCCGCCGAAUCCCCACACCGCUCGCCAUCGUCCUCGGCAUCCUCAUCGGCGUCCUCCUCACCCGCCUCCUCACCUCCUCCUCCCUCUCCUCCCCCUCCUCCCUCCCCUGGCGCGGCACAACCACCAAAGCCCCCUCUCGCUCCUCCUCCAAAUCCAAAUACCCCCCAAUAACCCCUCCCACGCUCGACCAGCGCAAACGCAUCCUCGACCUCCUCACCCAUCUCUCCCCGCACUACACCCGCGAAUGCACGCGGCACUCCAAUCCGCUCUACGCGCAACAGGCAAGAGAUAGGUACGCACCGCUGAUUGGACAUAAUCCGACGAGCGAUGCGUCGUGGUUGGAUGGAUUGGGAUUGGGAGGGUUGGAUCCGGUGCCGAGGCCGAAGAGUAUGGAGGAGGCGUUGUAUUAUCGACAUAGGAAGGAUUUGAGCGAGGGCGAACAUAAAUACUUCUUCGCCAUCAACUUAUACAACUCGUUCGACGUCAUUCCAGACCUCUUCGCGACGCUAUUCAGGGUGGCCGCGGUGUUGGGGUACCAUAACGUGUUCGUGUCGAUCUACGAGAAUGGGUCGACGGACCAGACGAAGGCUCUCUUGCGGAUAUUCGAUGCGUUGACGAGGAGCGUCGGGAUGCGGGUGGAGAUUAGGACGAGUCAGAGGACGAGGGGGGCUUUCAAUCACAGAAUUGAGUAUUUGGCCGAGGUGAGGAACGCGGCGUUCGUGCCGCUGCAUGAGCUCAGGGAUGCGGAGGGCGAGUAUUUCGAUACGAUCAUUUUUAUGAACGAUAUCCUGCCGUGUUUAGACGACCUCCUCGAGCUGAUAUGGCAGAGUCGGAGGAACAACGCGGGCAUCACCUGUGCCGCGGACUAUAUGUACCACGACGAGAUCGGCGCCCCAGUAUUCUACGACAACUGGGUAGCCCGGGACAUCAACGGCACAGCCCUCGAAAACGCCCCCUUCGAAUCCAUCUUCCACCACCGUCCCUCAUCCGACCGUUUCCAACGACACCUCCCCAUCCAAGUCCAAUCCUGCUGGAACGGCAUCGCCAUCCUCGAUCCCGCUCCUUUUUACUCCCCUCCGCAUGUGAGGUUCCGGAUGGCGAGGUUGGUGGAGGGAGAAUGUUCGGCGAGCGAGUGUAGUUUGAUAUGUAAUGAUUAUUGGGAGGCGGGGUAUGGCAGGAUAUUGAUGGUGCCGAGGGUUAAAUUGGCUUAUGAUCAUCGCGUCUACGACAUCAUCCACCCCUCCCGGCGCAAUCUCACCGCCAUACGCGGGUACGUCCGCCUCGGCGGCCUGCCCGACAAUCCGCGCACGGAUCCACAGGAUAGGUCAUGGUUCGGGCCGCAUGAUCGGUUGUUCACGGAGGAGGAGAGCGAGGAGGUGGAGUUUGUGCCGGGGCCGGAACAUGUAUGGUGCUGGGGCUGGGACGGCGCCGGCGACCUGGACGGACCGGACGUGGAUCCGAUCUGGGAGCGCAUGAGCGAGAAAUCGACGAGGAAGGAGAAUGUGGAGGUUAGGCAUGAUCGGAGUUUUAGGGUUGAGUGA